AUAUCCUUCUUAGUUUCUAUGACCUCUAACAAAAAUACAAAAUUUGGAAAUAUUUACAUAAAAAUCCGUCUCAAUUUUAAAUUGUAAAGCUUCAAAUUAGCUGCUUUUUGUGGAUAAAUUCAUAAUUAAUGAAAUUCGUAAUGAAGCCACCAAGAGUGCUGUGUCUGCGAAAAGAGAGGUUAUGUUGACUGUUGUUUGUGUUUUGUGUUGUGAAAGAAAAACCGAAAUGUAGCAAAAAAAAUGUGGCAAAGAAGUAAUUAGCUUGUGCAAACACGAUGUGUAGCCCCAAACAACCCAAACUGCGCCUUUUACUAAAACUUGGAAUUUUGUGUAGCGCUUUAUUGGUUGUCUAUUUUACGUUUUUUAGUCACAAUUCCAGUGAUGCAACUAACGAUGUAACAUUUUUAUUACCACCCAAAAAGCCCAAAGAAUAUAAUGUUUGGCUAAUAUUUACUAAAGUCUCUCAAAGGUCCCCGUUACGAUAUAAAUUCCACAACUUGUUAGAGAAUAUUUUAAACAUCAGUUCUGUUCCUUUAAAAUUCCAUAUUAUUGUUGAUAAUAGCUCCAAGCAUUUAGCAGUAGGUGAAAUAUCAGAUGUUGUGUCUCAUUCGAAUAGAGCGAUAUUUUAUAAAUUUUAUGAUAUUGAAAUGUGUGCAAAAGCCAUUAGUGAUAUUGUUGACGUUAUGACCCCUCAUUUUAGUUCAAAACCGGGUACUUACUACAGUGACGCACUUUUUUAUAUUUCUUUGGGGCUGUAUCGAAUAGCCCCACCUUCGCAGCAGACUGCUCUUCUCCUAGACUGUGAUUUGUACUUUAAGAAGGAUAUUCGCUUAGUGUUUGAAGAGUUUGACAAAUUUAAGCCGAGUGCUCUGUACGGUUUGGCCCCCGAAUUGACUCCAGUCUACCGCCACGUCCUCCAGUCCUACAAAGUGAAAAAAAACUCAACAUUCGGCGAAUAUUACCAUUCCACGGCGAUAUCGCGCAAUAUGCAACAUCCUCGGGGCUUCCAAGGCUACAAUUCCGGCGUAGUUUUAAUUAAUUUAGAUGCAAUACGAAAAUCUAAGGAAUACUCCAAGAUAAUUCGAAACGAAACUGUGCAAUAUCUCACUUCCAAAUAUAAAUUUAGGGGUCAUUUGGGUGACCAGGAUUUUUACACUUUGAUGGGAUUUGAAUAUCCCGAUUUGAUUCAAACGAUUAAUUGCGGUUUUAAUCGCCAGUUGUGCGUCUGGUGGCGCGAGCACGGCUAUCGCGACGUUUUCGACUUUUAUUUCAAGUGUCAACACCCCACUGUCAUUUUACACGGAAAUUGCAACACGAAAAUCCCGAAAUAAGUUUUUGAAUCUCAUCUAGCGCCAAGAUUUAUAAAGUAAGAAGGAUGCCUGAUUUUUGUAGAUGUCCUGAUUUUUCUCGAUUUAAGGACCAACACACAAUUGUGCAAUUUUUUGAGAUUUUCAUUUGCUGUGAAAACAAAGUUUUUUUCAAGUUAAAGUCUUCUUUUUGUAGUCAAUUUUGAUUUUGAAUUGUCUGAAUUGUAUGUCAGAUUUCAGAUUUGUGUUGUUAUUAUUAUUGUGUUGCAUCUUGCACUAUUUACCACAUCUUCCUUUAUAGAUCUUGUAUGCUUCUAGCUGAUUUUUAGCUUAAUUACUCAAUAUCGCAAAAACUAUGCAUCGCAGAGUAUUAUUUUUGGCGAGAUUUUGGUCGAUUUUUGGCACCCGGAGCGGUCUAUUUAUAGUAACUCCGGACUUUUUGGUGAUAACCGCUUAUGAUAGGAAAGAAAAUUUAAUUUUCUAUCAUAUACAAAAAAGAUCAGUGUUCUGCGAUAAACAGUUAUCGAGAAAAUUUCGAUAAACUAACAAAGAAAAAAUGAAUAAAACUAUAAAUUAAA